UGUCAUUCAAAUAUACGUGAACAAUUCGGAAUAUAUCGUCUGUCGUAUUAAUUCGAUUUUCUAAUUUCGCAGUUUCGAGUAGCCAAGCGAAAGUCUUCACCUUGAAUUGAAUCGACUCCAGUUUAACAGUUUCGUUUUAUUCCUGCAAAUCAUCGAGAGAAGAGUGAUCUUUAUCUGAGGGAGCGAAUUUAAUUAUGACAGUCAUUUAGAGACGUUUUAAAGCGAAGGGAGGUUUCUAAACCUUCAUCAAUUAGCCAUAUUGAAAACGGAAAACCCGCUGGGAAGAAGAGUUUUACACCGUUGAAAGCUAUGAGUUUGAUACGGUUUCUUCGUCUUCUCACCCGAAAGAAAGUAAUCGACAAUGAUUUAUCUAAUUCUCAGCUUCGCCGAUGUCUUGAUCUCUUCGAUUUAACUUCAAUUGGUGUCGGUGCGACGGUUGGAGCAGGUCUGUACGUGGUCACUGGACAGAUCGCCAGAGAUGUCGCCGGACCAGCCAUCGUGUUGUCGUUCUUCAUUGCCGCUGUUGCCGCUUUCCUUUCGGGGAUUUGUUACGCGGAAUUCGGAUGCCGUGUCGUAAAGGCAGGGUCUGCUUAUGUGUACACCUACUCGUCUUUAGGUGAGAUAUGGGCAUUUAUCAUCGGCUGGAACAUGAUUCUAGAGUAUGUGAUCGGUACAGCUUCGCUCGGCCGAGCCAGUAGCGAGUACAUCGACUCCAUUGCCGGCGGAGUUAUUCGAAAAUUCUUCAUCGAAAACAUCGGGGCGUUUAAUGUAUCUGGCUUGGGAUCGUACCCGGAUUUUCUGGCUUUUAUUCUUGUUCUUCUGGUGUCCAUGAUCGUUGCUAGUGGAGCCAAGCACUCGGCCGUAUUCAACAAAUGCGUGACCACGGUUAAUAUGCUGGUAAUAAUCUUCGUGUUGGCUGUCGGCUUGUUCCAUGUCAACCCUGGCAACUGGGUUGGCAGACAACAGUUCCUUCCAUUCGGAGUGUCCGGAGUCCUGGCUGGUGCUGCGAGCUGUUUCUACUGCUUUGUCGGCUUUGAUGUGAUAGCAACAGCCAGUGAAGAGACCAUUAAUCCCAAGCGAGUCAUUCCUCUCUCUAUCAUGUUGUGCCUUGUUAUCAGCUUCCUUGCUUACUUUGGGGUUGCGUCCAUUUUGACGUUGAUGGUGUCCUAUGACAAGCUCGACAAGUUCGCCCCCUUACCAGAAGCUUUCAAAGCAGCUGGUGUCCCCGCAGCCAAGUAUGUCAUUGCCGUCGGAGGGCUGUGUGCGUUAGCAGGUUCGCUGAUGAGCGGCAUCUUCGCUGUCCCAAGGAUCAUGUACUCCAUGGCUAGCGAUGGUCUCCUUUUCAAGUUCUUCGCGAGGAUCUACGAGCGAACCAAUGUUCCCCUGAUCUCCAUCACGUUCGCAGGGGUACUUUCAGCCCUUCUGGCCCUACUGCUAGACCUAAAACAGCUAGUUGAGAUGCUGUCAAUUGGUACCUUACUCGCCUAUACCUUGGUCUCUAUCUCUGUCCUUGUGCUAAGGUUCCAGCCUGGCGUCGAAGACGUAGAUUAUGACGAAGACACCUCGAGCUCAGUGCGAAGCUACAAAGUCAUCUGUUGCCAAAAGAUGCUGCCGGAAUCGAAAGGUACCGAGUACAAGCCUUUAGAAAGCGUGGCAGACGACAAGAACCAAGAAAUUAAGGCAUCCGAAGAACCAUCCACAUCAACAAGUCAUAUUGCCAAUGCUGCCAUCUCGCUUCAGGUAGUGGGUCUCACCGGUUUCUGUGCGCUGCUCAUAGCAGGAUGGGGAGAUUUAGGGGACGGCGAGGCAUGGGCUGUAUUCACAGCAGUUUUCCUCGGAAUUCUCAUAAUAUUUGGUUUUGUGGUGAUGCAGCUUCAACCUAAAAGCAAAGCAAGAUUCCCUUUCAAGGUUCCCUGCAUACCGUGGCUUCCCAUCGCCAGCGUCGUGGUAAAUCUGUUCCUACUUCUCAAGUUGUCUGUCUGGACAUGGGUACGAUUCGGUGUUUGGAUGAUCGUAGGAUUUGUUAUUUACUUUGGCUACGGAAUAAGGAACAGCGCCGAAGGAAUUCCGAAGCAAGACACAAACGACAACGAUUUUAUUCUUCAAGGAACACCACCUGUGGGACAAGAUAUACACCAAGUUCAGCCCAGUCAUACAACUGAUGAGGAAAAACCUUUAGCAGCAAGCUUCAGUGAUCCUUCUUAGAGAUUGAAUCUCACGAAAUUGUCCUUUGCCGCCGGUUCUUGAAUGUAGCGCAACGAUGUCACGCAAUAAGGCUCUCAACAUCGUUACGUGACAUUCCAGAAAACGGCCAAAGAGGAAACCAGUAAUUUGUUUGAAAAUUUUUGAAUUGUGUGUUAAAAUAUCGUUAUUAUUAUUAUAUGAAUCUAAAAUCGGUUGUUGAAGAAAUUUUGCGCUUUGGCAGACUUAAAGUUCUCCGAAAUAUCCUCAAAAUUAGUUAAACUCUCCACGCCAGGACUAACGCUAAAAAAGCUCCAUACAAUUCCUUAUAAUAAAAUUAUAAGGAAUUGUAUGGAUACUUACAGUGCAAGUCCUGUGUGUCUUCUCAUAUUUGAAAUAUAAAAUUUUUCUUUGUUCUUUCAACCUAAAAGCAAUAUCCAUAUUUCUUCUUCUGAUUGAGGAUGUAGGAUAGUGUUUAAGGUUGAAUUCGUGUUGUAAAUAUCACUAAAAAGAAAAAAAAAUUGAUCUGGAACGAAAAAUAUGCUCGCUACUUCAGAGAAAUUCUGUUUUAAAAAAGAUGACACGAAAGUGUGUUUCACAAAAUUUUGUUAACUCUAAGCGAAAAUGCCUUCAAAGUAAUGACAUCGAUAAAAUUUACCAUUAACAUUUGGUUUGUAUUAUAAUUAUGUUCCUGUAAACAGUGGCUAACGCCCCUGAGAGUUUAAUGGUAUUUAUUUUUAUCUUCAAGAAAAAAAAGAUAGGGAGAGUGAAAAUUUCAUUUGGGCAGCUGUAAUUUCCGUUGAGACACUACUAUUUUACAGACUUAGGGACGAAUGGGCGUAUUUGUUGCAUCCCCGCUUAAUUUAACUCGAGAUCGUCGCGCAAAGUCUCUCCUCGCUCUCACUUCGUGGAUGUUUCCACGCGCCUGAAAAACGCCUAACAAAUGACGCCGUUACUGAAAGCUACAAUGGCAUGUACUUCUGAAAAUGUGAACCGUUUCAUGCUGUAGUUUCUUUGACAUUUUUUGCUGAAUUUCACUUUAUAGAUCACGUAGGCCCUUGUUGUGAUAGUGAUUUUUCUUCAUAGUAAAGUUUUGAUUUGAGUCACUAAUUAUUUGGAAGUAUGUCAGUUCAUUUUAGGAAACACUUUAGAAAAUAUGGGAGUAAAAAAAUCGUUCGAGGUGUAACAACGCACUUUUUAAAUACGAACUCAUUUUAAGUAAAUGAUAUUGUGGUUACGAUUGCGCAAAUUGUGCCGUGUGUGCUUUUUAGUACAUUUCACUUAUUUGUUGACCAAAUGGUCUAGUACGGGAGAAGUCUAUCACCCACGUUAAGCUGCGCAAAGGUCUCAGCUGGCCUGGGCUGCAUAUACUGGUACAGAAUUAGUCGCAACUAUGAAAUUAUUUAUAUUUUUACUACUUAUCUCAUCGUUACUUUUUUUUUUUUAGUUUGCAUAGAAUUAUGAAGCUAGAGAAAUACAUCCCUUAAAUGACCUUAUGGUGACAUGUGAUAAUAAUCUUUCACGACAUCAAUAACUGAAAAAAAUAAUUUGUGGGUUAGUUAAAGGGAGUUUAAAAUAGCUAAUAUGUUAUCGAAGAACUCUAUAACGGAGUGGUCAAUGAAAAUCAUUGUCGCUAA